CAGGAAGGUCAGCAAGUCCUAUAUAUCGAUACCAGCUGCAACCACAACCUUCCCGCCGCGAUACUUACCCGGUUCCGCCACAAGACAAUAGAUCGCACAUCAAAAUGGCGUCUGCUCAAUCUCCUCUCGCUGGAUUGUCUCCAGCAUGUCACCUCCUGCUCGAGGCCAAGGCGAACAAGGGCCUUACUUUCGAAAAGAUCGCUGAGAGUAUCAACAAGCCGGAAGUUUGGACUGCCGCCGUGUUUUACGGUCAAGCCAAGCCGAGCUCGGAUGAUCUCGCCAAACUUGGAGAGGUCUUGGGUCUGGAUCAAGAACAGCUGAAGUCGAGUUUCGGAGACCACCACAUGGUUCACCGGGGAGAGACUUGGACGUGGCCACCUAAGGAUCCCGUCUUGUACCGUCUAUACGAAGUCUUGGUUGUAUACGGCUACUCGUACAAAGCACUGAUCGCCGAGAAGUUUGGCGACGGUAUCAUGUCCGCCAUCGACUUUCGAACAUCCGUCGCUAGAAAACCAGACCCUAAGGGGGAUCGAGUUGUCAUCACCCUCGACGGGAAGUUCUUGCCCUACUCAUCCACAGCUGAAGGAGGUACUUGGACCCGUGAGAACUGUUAAGCGAACGAUCUUUGACAAUCCCAAGCAUGAACUUUGUAAUCUGUAAUUUAUCGUC